ACGCUUUCCAAGUGGCGCCGUCAGGGCCGGGCGGUGGGGUGGAAGUCCGCCCGCCCGUCCGGCUCAGCCGAGUGAGCAGAAGGCCUCCCCCGCCUCCCACCCCAUGCAUAACAACAAUAAUAAACGCUCCACAGUUUGAAGGACUGCGGGGGCUUCUUCCGCGUCGCUCCUCCGAGCAAACUGCAGCUUCCUCCCGGCGGCGAUCCUUCGCUUCAGAGCCCAAUCCUGUGGAGGUUUCAGGUGUCGUUGGCCAGAUGCUGUUGGAUGCGGUCAGGAAACCGCAGACUCAGAGUCAGGAGGACAAACAUGUUUGGACAGGACAUCACUUUGGGUCUGUCGUUGGACUGGGUGCCUUCUCCGUGAGGCUUCAAAUCAGAACCCAGGCUGGUGACCUGUUGUGAAAGUCAAGCGAGAGGGACGAUGACGAGCACAGUACCUUCCAAGAAGCCUUACCGCAAGGCUCCUCCACAGCACCGCGAGAUUCACCAUGAGCUGCCCACCCUGCGCGAUGACCAAGAUGGUGUGAUUUUGGCGGAGCAGAGUCAGGAGCCCUUGACCGAUGCAGAAAGGAUGAAAUUGUUGCAGCAUGAGAAUGAGGAGCUGCGCCGGCGCCUGGCCUAUGUCACCAACAAAAUGGAGGCAAUGGAGAGGGAGUUGGAGUCUGGUCAAGACUAUCUGGAGAUGGAGUUGGGCCAGAAUCGUGAAGAACUAGAAAAAUUUAAGGACAAAUUCCGUAGGUUGCAGAACAGUUACACAGCUUCACAGAGGACCAAUCAGGAUUUGGAGGAGAAGCUGCACGCCUUGAUUAAAAAGGCUGAGAUGGAUCGGAAAACCCUUGAUUGGGAGAUUGUGGAGCUCACUAAUAAGCUUCUUGAUGCCAAAACAACCAUCAAUAAACUGGAAGAGCUUAAUGAACGGUAUCGGCAGGACUGUAACCUGGCAGUGCAGCUCCUAAAGUGCAACAAAUCUCACUUUCGGAACCACAAGUUUGCUGAUCUUCCCUAUGAACUACAAGACAUGGUCAACAAGCACUUGCAUAGCACUCAGGAGUCCUCAGGCCCUGGGCAGGAGGCCCCUCACACCUUAGCCCCAUCUGAUGUUGUGCCCACCUCAGUCAUUGCUAGAGUCUUGGAGAAGCCAGAGUCGCUGGUGCUGAACUCGGCCAAGUCCAGCAGUGGCAGCUGCUCCAUGGCCGAGGAUGUCUUUGUGCAUGUAGACAUGAGUGGAACGUUGCCCGAUGCUUGUCCAAGCCCAGGACAGCCUGGAAAUGAGGUAACGGAGGGAGCGAGACAGCAAAAUGGGAGCUGCAAGCCACAGAGCUGCUUGGAGAGCCUACCUGGCGAGGUGCCCGCUUUUGAGAAACUGAAUCCAUAUCCCACCCCACCCCCUCCCCACCCCAUGUACCCGGGGCGCAAGGUGAUUGAGUUCUCUGAGGACAAGGUGAGGAUCCCAAAGAACAGCCCCCUGCCAAAUUGUACUUACGCCACCCGCCAGGCGAUCUCCUUGAGUCUGGUUCAGGGGGAGGAUGAAAGCGGUGACCGUCAGCGCACCCUCCCCAGCAGCCCUGCCUCGGAAAGCCAACGCUCUGCCUCCAGCUGCUCUUAUCAGCCAUCGCCCAAGGUGAGUCGAGCUCACGGCUCCUCACAGAGCAGCCCCUUCAGCAGCCCACCCCAGGUUCCCAGCACUUUUGCGAGUUCAGCCAGCUCGGAGGAGGAUUUGUUGGCUAACUGGCAGCGGAUGUUUGUGGAAAAGGCUCCCCCCACCACAGAGCGAGUGCUGGUGAACCGUACGUCGUUUAGCCGUGACUCGGCCCAGGAGCUCCAGAAACGUUUCAGCCGCUCCAUGCAGGAACUGGGCCGGGCAGCCUCUGCCUACUCAGAUGGCGAGGAGUCAGUGCAGAGCUGCAGCUGGACCGUGAGUCGAGACUCCAGCGUGGACACGGACAGCACAGAAUCCCGGGCCCGCCGGAGCCACUUCUCCCCCGACUACGGGAUGGACUUCUCCCAGGAUGAAGCCCGCAAAUUGCUGCAAGGGGGUGGCAGUGAGGGCACGGCAGAACCUGCCACUUCUUCACCAGAGAAGCACAAAGACUACGUGGACCUAGACUCGCCUGGGAGCCCAGCUGAGGAGCAGGAAAUGCUAUUACAGGGAAAUAAGGAGAACAGCCAAGAGGGCGUUUCGGAGCCGAGCAGGGAGUGCAAGAGCAAGCCUCCUUCGGGCCGCCCACAUCGCAGCCCCAAGAGAAUGGGGGUUCACCAUCUCCAUCGGAAAGACAGCCUGACGCAGGCCCAGGAGCAAGGCAAUUUGCUCAAUUGAGGGUAGGGAGGAAGAUGUAGGCCUGGGCUGCCCGGGUGCAGUGAGGCGACCACUUUCCAAGGGCUGCACCUCUAGUCCUGAGGUUCAAAGGAUGGCCAUUGUGGCACUCCUUGCCAGGAAUUCCAGGCCAUUUUUAUAUAUUUAUUGCAUUUUUAAUACAAGUAAAGAGAGAGGAGACAGCUCUUCUGCAGCACCAGAACAAAACACUUGGGUAUACACCGGCAUGCCACUUCUGUGCUAGGGUGCACAUCUCAGUUCGCACUCAUUCCCAUUCUUUCAAAGCUCAGUUCUGCCUUCAUCCUCCUAUUCCUGCUAAUACCAUCGUUACCCCUGGAACACCUCAAGUCUGUAUUCCUACCUUUUCAGCUUGUGCCAAAAAAUAGGAAUACCCUGUCCCUAUUCCUCCCCCCCCACCCCAUCUUCCAUGAACCCACCAUGUGAAGGCUGUGAAGGUGUGAAAGCUUCCGUGGGUGGGCAUCCCCAGCUGUGUGAGCUCUGUUGCGUUUAUUUUGCUGGAUUUCUUUUUGUUUCUCCCAGUUACUUUGGAUAUGUAUAGCUGUGAACAGGGUGGACGAUGCUCUGAGGUCACCUCUACAGUUUUCUCGUCUCCUGAGUCAUGAGCCAAGGAUAGUACUUGUUGGCGAAAGGGUGUCUGGUUGCUCCAAGACGCGGAGACCCUAGUGUUCCUUCUGCCAGACUGGGCCUGAGAGCUUCCCUGUUGCAGUCACCCAGCAAAAUUGAGCUGGACUAUUUUCCACAGUGGGCUGGGUUGUGUGUGCGCCUGUCUCUGCAACUGUCAUGUCAGCUCCCACCUGGAUAGUCUGUGUCACGUUUGGGUGAUGUUAGACUAUGUAUGCGUUUCUACUUUAUAGGUUUUGGCUUUUAAGAUGUGGUAGUUUCCCCUUUUGUAAUUGAGCAAAGAAUCUGCAGUGGGGUGAGAGAGAACCUGCUCUGAAAUUAGUGACUCAUCUCAUUCCUCAUCUUUGGUGUUACCAAGGGUGCUUCCAGGCAGAGGGCUCCUGGUGCUACCAGUCGGAAGGCAUUGUGCAGCUAUUCCGUCUUUUCCCCCCUUUACGGAUUUUCUGCAGUAAGAAAAAAGAAGAAGUGGUGGGAAAACACGGGAGGGUUAUGCGUGGAAGACGUCGUCUGGACCCCCAUAAAAGUCCAUGAAUAUGGCUGGGCGAUGGCUGGAUAAAUGCCUCAUCUAGAAGCACGGUCCGUGUCCCGUCCGUAGAGUUUCUUCACAAACUGAGGAAGAGGUUCUUAUUGGUAAAGUCGCAGCAGUGGCGCCAGCUUGCCUCUGAUGGCUGUCCUUGGCGCAAAGGAAGGCGCAUGUUCUUGUUUGCCCCCUUGGAGAUGGCUGAUGAUGGGCAUUCCCCACGUGGGUUGGGGUCCAAAUUGACACUAGUGCCUUUCCAAGGUCUGAUUAUCCGAGGUCUGAGAUUCCCCCUACCCUUCUCGGUUUGUCUUUUGCGUGUUCAGUGUUGUUUUGUUUUUCCUUUGCAGUAUGUUUCUGUGUUUUGUGUGCAUGUACACGCAACUGGGGAGGGGGGGGGAAGGUUCACAGUGUUAGGAAUUUUUCACUGAAAGUUUGAGCUCCCACAUUUUAAUUUCAUAGCCUGCCCUAGUCUGUGGGUGCAACCAAGGCAGUGACUAGGCUGCUGGGCAGAAUUGCCUUGUCCGGCACCUUUUGUUUGAGUGAGAUCUGUAUGAUCUUCCACUACAGAAUAACCUAAAGCCUUCCUCCUCUGCACUGGGAGACCUCUCCCUUAUAAACACCAGCAAAGCAGCCAAAAGCUGCCAAGAAAACCCCAGUCAUAACCCUACAGGACCAACAACUUUUCCUAAACUUUUCAGUAUCCAUUGGAUGGCUGCCAUAGCUGCCUGCAUUGUAUUGGCCUGCCUGCUUGUAGGCUACAGGGUUUGUGCUGGCCUCUGCUCUCUCUCUCUCUCUCCAGAUCUAGCCAGGAUCUGCUGUGUGUUAGGCUUGGCCAGUCCUGCCAUAGCUGACUCUGGAUGUGCUCUUGUUUAAAUUCUUGUUUAUUGGCCAGUCCUUUUAUUAAGCUGCUAACUACUGCAUCCGAGCGUUGGAGUGGGGCUCAGCAUUUUUAGUUUAGCUAUGCUAAUAAAAUGGUGCUAAAGAUGGACACCUUUCUUUUAGCCUACAUGACACUUACCCCUUAAUGGUCCAGCUUCUACAGCUGGCAAUUGCUUGCUCUGCUCACCCACUCUCUUGCUGCAGCCGUUGAUUUCUUGGAACGUCCUCUGCUCUACAGAGGGCGGAAUAUGUUUUUCUGUUCCAGCUGUGCAGUGUUCUCUCUUCCUUGAUAAAGGGUGCUGGAUAUAGGAAGGCUAUAGGGCUGCUUGGCAGAAUCAUAGAAUAGUAGAGUUCGAAGGGACCUAUAAGGCCAUCGAGUCCCACCCCCUGCUCAAUGCAGGAAUCCACCCUAAAGCACACCUGACAGAUAGUUGUCCGGCUGCCCCUUGAAUGUUGUCAGUAUUGGACAGAAACGGUGCUGAUUGAAAUAAAACCUGUCCUGUAGAAUCUGGGCCCUUCUCAUGACCAUUUGGGGGGGGGGGCUUAAAUGGAACUGAUUUUAGCACAUCUUACCAAGGCGAGAACUCCGAUCAGAGCCCAGUUCUCCUUUCUGUGGCUGACUGCACAACGGCACUUCAGCCAAUCUGAAACUGACACAGUUGUAGCCACCAGGCUGACAAUGAGAACCAGGUACUACAGUGUUGAUUGACACUAAUCUCCCGUCUGCCUUUAAUCUCGUUGGGCUAAAGGUGGGGAGGGAAGGAAGGGGACCAUUCUUGAAUGCAAUUGAGCAGUGCCACUUAUUUCCCAUGGGAGUAGCUCGCAGCGAAUCCUGCAAGAGAAUUGCGGAGGAGGGGUGGUGGUGUUAGCUCAGGAGCAGCCUUCCUCCCGGACUUCCUCUUGUGCGGUCCUGCACCUUAAGCCCUUUGUAUCUUGCUCAUCUCUGGCAGUAUUAAUUCUAUUGGGGAGCUUGAGUUGCCUUCUUUCGCUGACCCACAUUUUACAGUGUCCCAACUCAAGACUGUUAAUCUGCGACUAAUGUGUUUUUCUGAGAUUUUCAAACUGAUGAUGUAUAUUUUAAAGCCAGAAAUAAACUAUUUUAAAAGUA